AUGAAGUCCAAGAUCAUUCAUAAGCCCACACCCAAGCAGCUUAACCAUAAACAGUUGAAACAUACUUUCUUUGUGAAGGCCUCUAUGGCAUAUUCAUCUGCCUUGAAGCAAAUACUGAAGAUGAUAGCAAAUUCGAAAAAUAAAAGUAAUGGGAAGUCUUGUACCAUCACUUUGCUAGGAAUGGGUAAAGCUGUUGAAAAGACAUUAUCGUUAGCAUGUCAUUUACAAGAUGAGUGCGGUUAUACUUGUGAGGUGAUCAUCAAGAGUGUUGAUGUAUUGGAUUCAAUAACUCAAAGUGAAGGUAAGAAUAAGAGCAGUGAUGGCUCUAGUAGUGAUGAUGGUUCCAGUAGUGACGAAGAAAUGUUACAAAAGAGAACUACCAGUGGUGUCGAAGUACGGGUGGUUGCAUAA